ACGAAAUUAUUGCAACUGGAUUCUACACUGGGGAAAAUUUUGACUGCAAAAAUGGCUUUUCUGUUGUGGAAAAGUUACCCCUUAUCCUGUCUUGUGUUGUCUUUAUGAUUGACAUUCUAUGUUUUUUCUGUGCGAUUUUAGCGUUUUCCUGUAAGAAAACGUUUCACUGCUCUUGCAUGAUAUGGCAUUCACAUGUCACAACAUCGAUGCCUUCUCUCGGUUACUUCUUGACUGGUUUGAGAGCUGAGGAAUAUGUUGGCAAAAGUAUUUGCAAUACCAGUGAAAGUAAAACAAUAAAAUAUUAUUUAUCCUUAAUUUGCAUAGUCAUAUCAAGAUUAUUGUUUGCGAGUCUGUUGUUUUACGGUCCUAUUACACUGCUGAUAAACAUUGGACAUGACAGUGACGAAAAGAAUACAAAACAGGGGCUUGCGUUCCGGAACGUACUAAUUGCAUACCUAUGUACAAUGGGCUGCUACUUUUUCGUCUCCUUGUAUACCAGUGUGCGCAAUAGCCAGGGUUUAGCCGCCUUGGCAAACGUCAUGGGGAGCGCUAAUCUUGAGAAUUGCACAAAUCAUACGUUCCACUAUUAUACACCAUGGAGUACUAUUGUCAAUAUGGGAGUAGUGAUAGUAACAUUUCUUGCUCAAAGUGUCCUUAUUUGUAUGAGCAUCAACAAAGUUGAAAGAAGUGUAGGAUGGUAUUCCGAUUUCAAUCCUGACACAAGUCUGAUGUUAUCGUCUUUACUUGCUUACUCUUAUCUCAUGGCGCACAUGUCAUUACUUCAUGCAUACAGCUAUGACCAAUGGGCUAAUCUAUACUUGAUGAUUUUUUAUAAACACAAAGAAGAACGUGAAAAACAAGCAGGUAAAGAGGCAGAAAGAGGAAAGGACAAAGGAAAUGAAAAGCCAACCAACUCGCAAACUGAUGGACAAUGUGAAACAGCACCUUUACUCGACGAAGAUAAAAGGAAACGUCAACAAAUCGUAGGAAGUGUGGAACUAAAAGAAAUGGGGACUUCUGAGGAUGCAGAGAAAGACACGGUUAGAGUUAACAAGAAAACGGCAACAAGAGAUGUAAAAUUGUUAAUUUCCGAGUACAAAAAGUAUUAUUUAAAAUGGCGCUCUGUAUUGAUACUUGUUGUAGUCCAACUAGCAGCCGGCUAUUUUUUAUUGCUAUACUUUUUGGAAUAUUGGAAAAUAACUGUACCUUUUCUGACGACUUCUGGAAUAAUGCUGAGAGUUUCUGCGGGCGCCUCUAUUGCAUUAAUGUCAAUUAUACCGUUCUGCACAACGUGGAAUACCUCUAGAAAGAUAAACGAAGGCUCUCAAAACGAAGAAGACAAGGAAAUACCAACACCAAGUGGAAGCACGGAGACUAAAGCAAACGAAUCCAGUGAUGCUUAUGACGACAAGUAUCGCCUCGAGAGUCCCAUGUCCUACUUGAGCAAGUGCCAGUUUCUACUGUAUCAAGUUCCAAAUAUAAUCAUUGUCGUUGUUGCUUACUUUACCUAACUGCUCUUUUUCACAAUGACGCGUUUGCAAUCGUACACGUAGCGUAAUCAGCAGCAGUAUUGCUGUCGUUGUUAGAUUUCGGCAGCAUACUAUUUUUGUUUUUGGCAUUUUAUGAAUUUGCUAGUCCUGUUUGCUUUGUUUGCUGAAAGUAAGGGUAUAGCUGUAUCGUAAAAUAUAUUGUUGAUGUCGAUAGAAUUUGCAUUAUGGCACUUGAUGAAAUACAGU